GAAAUAUUCUAAGUUACGUCUCGUCUACCGACACCGGAUUUCAACGACACCCUACGCGACAUUUUUUCAUUUUUAUUUCACUUGCAAGCAAGACUACAUAUGUACCCCCAAUUCAAUUUUUUUUCACAUAUGGGUAAAUAAAUAAAUGUUUAUUCGGUAUAUACAUACAUACAAGCAUACAUACAUAAAUACCAAGGAUAACCCAUGAAAGCUCGAAAGCUUAUUUCCAAUGGGGUCCUUUGAUGCACGGAUGUUUGCGCUAGGGCGUCAUUUAUGUGGGAGGAAACCAGAGAACCAAGAGGAAACUAACGUGUCCGAGCGGACGGCCGGCAUACCAUCUCACAUACAACCACUGCCGAUCACGGUAAUCAAACUCGGGUAGGGGCGAUGAGAAGUCAAAGCGCUACAUGUACCUAUGCGCUACCCGAACGUCCACCCCAUUGCACCUCAGGAAGUAGUACCGGUAUCAGAGAGUUCCUUAGAAAACAAUGAAUUAUUUCAAUAAAUUUCCUAAUCAGAGGUAAAAAGAUCAACAGAAAGGGAUGUGGGGAAUUGAAAACCGCGUUUGGAAAAACAUUCUACCAUAAAAUCAUUUUGAUUGAUGGUAUACCGGUGUAGCGGUGAUCGCCAAUCUGACUAAAGUACAGACCUAUAUUAUUAUAUAUAUAGGAUCUGAUAACUCCCCAUAAGAGGUCAUGUUCUGGUGAACUUUGUAUUUGCAUAUUGCAUCAUAAUUUGAUCCAAUCAGAUAACGCGUUUCAAAUGAAGCGCGGCGUAUAAACAAAAAUGGCGGAUAUUGAACGAGUAGUGGAAGAAGUUUUGAAAAAAUUUGGCGUUAAGUGUUUAAAGGAUGAACAGCGGAUGAUUUUGGACUGCGUGCUUGAUAAAAAAGACUGUGUCGCCGUGUUACCAACAGGUUUUGGAAAAUCGCUCCCAUUUCAAGCGUAUUUGCCAGUGAAGAGAGCUUUACUCCGUGAUGAUAGCUUCGGGAAAGUAAUUGUUUGCUGUCCUCUGGUGUCUCUUAUGCAAGACCAAGUCAGAAAAUUAACUUCCUUAGGAUUAGUAACUGCUGCUUUUAAAGGCACAGACAAGGAGACCGAUGAAUUGAUACAGGCAGGAAAAGUAGACAUCAUCUAUGCAUCCCCCGAGUCAUUAGUUGGAGACAGCCAAUGGAGAUCAACAAUACAAAGACUUAAUGUAACUGUCAUCGUAGUUGAUGAAUUCCACACAGUUGUCACAUGGGGUGGUCUAGAAGCAGAUAAGGAGGAUAAAGUGUUCCGAAAGUGGUUUCGGCGUGUUGGAGAGAUCCGAUCGUACUUUCCUGAGGCAUCAUUAUUAGCACUAAGCGCGACUUGCACAAAGACAAUUAAAAAGAGGGUGAUAGAAGUUUUGGGACUGAAGGACUACACGAACAUUACAGUUUCCCCAAAUAAAGAAAACAUCAAGUACACUGUGAAGAAAGUAUACCCUAACAUUGAAAGUUCUUUGUUGUGGAUUUUGGACUCAUUUCGAGAUUUAAAAAAGGAGUUCCCACGGACAAUAUUUUAUUGCAACUCAAUAAGAGAUGUUGGGCGUGUGUACAACUUCAUAGUGUCUGAACUAUCAGAUGUUACUAACAUUGAAAACAUGGUUGAAAUGUUUCAUUCUGAAACAACAGAAGAUAAAAAAAAAAAAAAAAAAAAAAAACCCCUUGAAAAAUUGACUGAGGACAGUGUUUUGCGCAUUAUUGUUGCUACUAGUGCACUGGGAAUGGGUGUAAAUGUUUAUGCAUGUCACAAUGUUAUAAUUUAUGGACCUCCUAGGUGUUUGAUAGACUUUGUCCAGGAAACAGGGCGAGUGGGAAGGGAUGGGGAACAAUCAUGUGCCUUUUUGAUGUAUUAUGGUCAACAACUACGGAAUGUUGACCAGGACGUCAAAGACUUCCUCACUUCAACUGAUUGCCGAAGAUUGCAACUGCUUAAGACAUUUCUUUCGGAGAGCGAGUUAAAGCUGGUACAAGGUACCAGAAUACAUACUUGUUGUGACAUUUGUGAUACAGGAUGUUCCUGUAAUUCAUGUUCUUCGACAAUUUUAGAAAAAUAUAUGACAAAUCUGUCUUUAGAUGAUGUACAUGUAAUGGAAACCUCAAGCAGUGACAGUGAUGCUGUAUCAUAUGAGUAUGAAUCUGAUGAGGAUCUUGAUGAGAUUAAAUCAACUUAAGGUUCAAAUUUACACAAAACUUGUUAGUGUUUAUUUUUUAGGUAAAAAUUGUAUUGUUUACAGUUUCAUAACAAUGCAACAGUUAUCUAAUGAUCAGAUACAAAACUGUUUUAUCAGUCUCUAAAAGACAAUGUCCUGUUUUCUUCUGCAUGAUACUAAUUAUAAUUAUGUGUACCAGAAUGAAUUGAAGCAUAUAUAAAUUACAGAGUAAUGUUGGGAUUUGUGAAGAAACAGUAAACAACACAUUUUUUCUGGGACCCGUUUUCUUUGGGUUGAUCAAGUCUGGGGCAAAAAUGGUAACAAUUGGCAUUGUAGUUUUUAAGAAGUAGUUACAAAUGUAAAAUUGUUAAUGGAUGACGCACGACGACAAACAAAGACCAACAGCAAUGAGUAAUCAAAAUUUGAUUUUUUUUUUUUUUUUAAAAUAUGGCCAACAUCAAGUUGGAUCUUCAAAUAUUGUAAGUUAUCAAAGAUGUUAUUGAUUAAAUCCAUGUUUAUUCCAUUUGAAAAUUUAAUUACUGUACAUUGUAUAUGUGUGCAUGUAAAUAGGACAAGUCUUGGCGAUAAUCCUCCAUAAUAUUUAAUUUGAUUUUAUGUCUCAUGUACCAGGUAGAUAAACAAUCACAUCAUUAUAGUUGUUUAUUCCUUAAUCGACGGAAUGGAAGUAAAGGUUUAUGUCUGUAUAUCAUGUUCACCAACUGUUUAUAACUGUCUGCAAAUGGAUUGCUUUUCUGGACUAGUUCUCUGCACUUGAGCUUGCGUCCUUUAUGUUGGGGAAAACCAUCGAUGUCAAAAAGGUCUUGUACAAUCUUCCGAACAUCAGAUUUAUAUGAAGGUAUGUUGUGGAAUCCUUUUCUUCUAUGUACAUCAUUAAUCAUGUCCAAAUUUUUCACAGCUUUGAUUAAAAGAGGAAAUUGUUUCGAGUGCGCAAUUAUACUCUCCUUUGUUUGGAAUCCAGAACAAGUGUUUUUUGUAUCUCUGUUGACUAGUUCUACAUACUCAUCUAGUGCCAUGUUCGAGUUCUUCCCACCUGACAAAUUUAUACAGCGAUUUGCAAUAAGUCUCUCUGUUUGAGGAGGCGGCAAGGUUCCUGAUAUGAGGCCUGUUAAAUGGAUGCUGCCGAUAAGAUAUUUUGUUUUGUGGGUCUUGUUGUACAGCGGGGUCUCGUACUUAGCUGAGCGAAUAGAUCUAUAGCCAUCAGCCAUAUCCACUGCCGUAUCAAGAUUUCGAUGUAAUGCUGACAGACGGAAAAGGGCUAUCAAAUAAUCAAAAAGUUCAUCUUGCAAUAGGUUUGCUUGUUUACUUUUUCGUAAUGCUGGUUUGGAAUGGCCAUGGACUUCUUUUUCAUGAAAUUCUGCACUUUUGAUAUGACAGUAAGUUUUUUCACAGUAGUGGCAGGAAAAGCGACCAUCUUUAAAGUUCCCGAACCAAUAAUUUUCUUCAUGAUCUGGAUCAGACAAUACUUGUCGCAACUCUUCAAACAAGUCACUGUCUCCAAAAAACCACUUGUUCACAAUUCGUUCACAUAUGUUAUUCAUCCACUGUAUUUUUUCCUCUCCUGUCCAUUUGGAGAAUUCAUCAGGCAGUGGUAUGCUCUCUGUUAAGUUCAGAAGUCCAAACUCUUUCAAGAAAAAUGCACAACACAUAGCAUCAAAUAUAGUACGGUAUAGCAUUUUAUAUCCUCUGUAAGAGUUCUUUACUUUCCCCUUCACAUUGCGUGCAUUUAAUAUGUUCUUAUAAUAAUACACUGUUCCUCUGUCAUUUGCUGACUGGGUGCUGUAUGUUUGCAACACAAUUGCCUAAAAAAAAAAAAAUAAUUGGUAUAUUUUUACCUAUAUUCAUAUCAAGUUCAACAUUAUUAACAAGAUCAUACCACAUCGCUCACCUGAUAUCAUGUGAACAAAGGAGGCCCAUGGAUCAUAUCGCUCACUUUAGUAACCUUGCAUAUUCGCAUGUAAAAUUGUGAUCCCUAUUGUGGUCCCAUCUUACCCCUGGGGAUUAUGAUGUUAAGAAACUCGAAUCUCCAUUAUGUCGGGAAGCUUACAUGUAAUGUUAACUUUUCUGGUCCAUUGGUUCUUGUGAAGAAUUUUGAAUGACCCCACCCUAUUUUUGUGAUUAUCUCCCCUUUGAAGGGGGCAUGACCCUUCAUUUGAAUGAACUUGAAUUCCCUUCACCCAAGGAUGUUUUGUGCCAAGUUUGGUUGAAAUUGGCUCAGUGGUUCUAGAGAAGAUUUUUAAAACUUGUUAAUGUAAUUUUGCUAUUAUCUCCCCUUGGACAAGGAUGUUGCAACUCAGUUGAAUAAAUUUGAUGCUUUAUGCCAAGUUUUAGUUGAAAUUGGCUCAGUGGUUCUGGAGAAGUCACAAAUGUGAAAGUUUACAGACAGACGAUGGACAGCAAGUGAGCUAAAAAGUGAACCUCACUUUAUGAAAAAGGAAAUCUUAGUUGAUAAAUAUCUGUUAUAUCUUUUAUUUUUAAGUGCACAUAAGAAACUGUUUGACUUAAUUUACCUCAAGGAAGUUCAUGAGCCGAUGAAAAUCUUCAAUUUUGGAAAUGAAUCCUUCAAACUUAUCCAAUGGAUUUUCAUUAUUGGUCAUAGCUUCUUGGGCACUCUGUAUUCUCUCAUCAGUCAAUCUGUCUCCUUUAAAGUGAAAAAAAAUUUACAUGAGUUACUCUUCACUAUCUUUUUCAAUAUUUCAUUUCAAAUAAAAAUCACAAUAAUUCUAACAAAUCUAUAUAACUGCAAUCAGGGCUUGAAACUAACUUUUCACAUCACCAGUUUAGCCAGACUGAUACGAUUUAUUUUAAACAAGUCUGCAGAAAUUUUUACCAGUCCACCAGGGUUUUCCAGAUAUAAUUAAAGAUAUUUCGUUAAUGUUAUUCAAAUAAAAUAAUGGGAUUUAACUCUGUGCCUUGGACAAUUUUGCAACACUAAUCAGGUUUGUCUGAUGUCUAUAGAGGAAUGCCAAAAGCAGAGUUUAAACAAGUUUUUCAAAAUGACGUUUUAGAAAAUUAACCAGUCCCAUCGGACUUACUAAAACAAAUGUCAAUCAGUCUGCCAGACUUUUAUCCAGUCAGUGAUAAGCAUAUGUUAAUUUUGAGCCCUGCUGUUGAUGUUCCUCUUGAAAUGUUCCCCUAUUAAUUUUUACUUGCCUCCAAAAACACUUCCUCAACUAUUUCCCCAGCA